AUGUAUAUGCGCAGUAUUCUGCCUCUGGCAACGUCCAUUUUUUCAGUUUUUGCCUCAGGCUUCAAGCCCGAAGAUAUCAUCACCCGUGAUGUUUGUAUCCUUGGUGGUGGCGCAACAGGCACUUUUGCCGCCGUUCAACUGAGGGAGCAAGGCCAUAGUGUGGCUGUCGUCGAGAAGAAAUCAUUCUUAGGAGGUCACGCUGAAACCCUUUACCUACCCAAUGACGAAUAUGUCAAUUAUGGAGUUGAAGGAUACUUCAACAAUGAAAUCACCAAAAACUUUUUCAAUCAGCUCGACGUUGACUAUGAACUCCUCUUACCGGGCUCCAUUAUUUCAGAAAAUCUCAAUUUCAACACGGGCAAGAGAGUUCUCCCCGGUGAUGGAAUUCUAGGCACUGUUGCGGGUGCUGUUCUGUACCGCACAGCCAUUGAACAAUUCGAUUACCUCUCCACCGGUGCAUACUACCUCCCCGAUGAAAUCCCCGAAGUUCUUCUCCGUCCCUUCCGAGAAUUUGUCGAAACGCACGCCUUGGAAGGCGCAUUGAAUCUGAUAUUCGAAUUCGCCGAGAACGUGGGUAAUAUACUGGACGCCCCAUUGAUAUACGUGAUCCAGAACUUUGGAAUCCCCCAGAUUGACAUCCUAUUGGAGGGAGCAUACAUUCGACCAAAGAACGGCACGGGAGAGCUCUUCAGCAAAGCAACAACUUACAUUGACGAAGAAAACAUUUUCUUCGAGACCACGGUCUCCCAGGCGAAGCGCAACUCCACUGGCGUGGAAAUGAUUGUGGAGAAUGCAGAUGGCACGCGCAAGCUUAUCAAGGCGAAGAAGCUCCUCAUUACCCACCCUCCGACCAUUGACAGUUUGAGUGGUUUUGAUCUCCGCAAAGAUGAAUAUACCUUAUUCUCAAAGUGGGAACACAAGAACUAUUACGCUGCCGCCGUUACCAACACCGGUCUUCCUGAUGGAAUCAACCUUGUCAACACCAACCCAGAGAACCAGCCGGGGAGUCUCCCGCUACCCCCUUUCAUCUGGGAACUGGAAUAUUCUGGAGUCUCAGGUUACUUCAUGAUCAAGAUGGUUGCUGAAGGCAACUUUACUGCUGAAGAAGCCAAGGAUUUGAUCCGAUCUGAUAUCUUGCGCAUGAAGCAGGCCGGCACUUUCGAAACUACCGAGCCGCAGAUUGCUGCAUUUGCAUCCCAUUCACCUGAGACUCUUAUCGUCUCGGUGGAUGAUAUCAGAGACGGGUUCUAUAAGAAACUGUACGCUUUACAGGGACAACAGAGCACUUACUACACUGGAUACACUUUCUGCACUGACUAUUCGACGCCGCUGUGGAACUAUACCAGUAGUAUUUUGGAGAUGAUGAAUCUCUAA